AUGGCGCCCAAGAAGCCUGCUGCGACGGCCGAAGUUGCCCUCACGCCGCUCAAGAACUGUCUCGUUAAUCUACCGGCGUCGCUGGUCGCUCUGCUGGUCAAUGCAAACACGACCGCUCAGAAUGUUAUUAUUGAAUUACAAUAUAAAUCGACCUCCGGAAAGGCCAAUGGAGCUCCUCCGCAGCAAUCAUGCUUCCUCGGUUGGACGGGUAUGCCGAGCAAGCGCAGGCUUGCGCCUGUCGUUGGGAGAGACGGUAUCAACAGUGGAUAUCCUAGGGAACAGGAGAUGUCCACGGUCGAGCUUGACACUACUUUCGGGCGGCUGCUUGGGCUCACUGAAGGCCAGAAGGUCGGAUUGUUCGUCCACCUCGAUCCACCCGUUGCACAUACGAUAAACAUUGAGCCAUUGACACCAGAAGACUGGGAGAUCAUUGAACUCCACGCCACAUUCCUGGAACUUAACCUUCUGUCACAAAUUCGCGCUCUACCCAAUCCUACAUACAAUGCAGCGCAAUCGGUGCAUAUGCACCCUCUCGCAUUGCAUCUCUCUCCCACAUCUACCGCCAAUAUUGUCGUCACUUCUCUUACACCCGCUCCCUCAGACACCUCCCCGUUCGCCAAAAUCGCGCCGGAUGCAGAAGUUAUAGUGGCCCCCAAAGUUCGAUCCAAGACGAGCAAGAGCUCUCGGGGUGACAGCCGCAGUGCUACUGGUAGCAGGAAGAGUGCUGGUGGCAGGAGUGCUUCAAGCACUGUGCGCCCGAAGAGUGGCCGGUCCGACUCCAGCACACGAGGCUCCCUCUACUUGAGAGGUGUGGACCGCUCAGCGACCACCCAAUAUUUUGAUGGGGAAGUAGAAGAUGAUGCAAAUGAGGGCCUCCGUAUUUGGGUUGAUCCGGACCUGCUGGCUAGCCAUGAGCUGCGCGGAGCGACUUGGGCAUGCGUGUCGGCUGAGCAGCAAAAGUCCAAUGAUUCCGGUGCACCUACAACCAAGCUCGUGGCCAAAUUGCUUCCAUGGGAGGAGGCUCCGGACAAUCGGCAUGCGGCGAUUUCCACCUUGUUGAGCACGGCCCUUGGCGCGGAGAACAUGGUUGGAGGAAUUCUCCGAGUCGAAGCAGCAUCCCCACCGCUGCAUCGGUCGGCUGUCAAGACCCUCAAAAUCUAUCCUUUCAUAAGCGAUGCUUCGAAGAAGAAGGACGGACUGAAGUUUGGUGCUGACACUACGGCAUCUCGGGAUGCCCUAGCCGAGCGCCUCAAAGUCAUCUACGGCAGCACUGGUUCCGACACAGGCCUUUUCUCAGGGCCUUUGACUGAUGGAAUGGUUAUACCCAAAUCCGAGUAUCAUCCUUCUGUCUCUUCGUUCGAUGGUGCUAUUCUUCGCUUUGACCCCCCUCUGAAGGGGUCUCCGGAUGAAACAAAGUCAAUGUUCGGGUGGUUACUAGGCUCAGAAGCCAAGCUAAAUCUCGAAGUGCAAGCUGAAAUUCCCAAGCCAUUUGACCCUAGUUCGUCGGCGCUACCUAUGGAGGACCCUCUUCCAGAAACUGCUCCUCAAUUGGUAGGGAUUGAUUCCAUCAUUGAACAGUCAUUGAACAACCUAACAAAAUCCUCGUCUAUCUUGCUUACCGGUGGUCUUGGUGCUGGUAAAACAGCUCUUACUCAUUUACUGGCUCACCGGUUAAGACGAGAUCAUCUCUUCAAUGUCAAGUACUUCUCCUGUCGCAAGCUCGUCACAGAUGAAACACGUAUUUCCAACAUCAAAGAGACCCUGAACCGCCUUUUCAUGUCCGCAUCAUGGUGUGCGCGCCUUGGUGGCCAGUCAGUUGUGAUCCUCGAGGAUCUAGACAAGCUUUGCCCGGCGGAGACUGAAUUGCAAGUGGGUGGAGACAAUGGUCGCAGUCGCCAGAACAGCGAGGUUAUCUGCUCUAUGGUCCGGGAAUAUUGCGCGCUGAAUUCCUCCGUUGUGCUACUGGCCACUGCCCAGGCCAAAGAGUCACUCAAUAAUGUUAUCAUCGGCGGCCACGUCGUCCGUGAGAUCAUCAAUAUGAGAGCCCCUGACAAGGAAGGACGCCGAAGGGUUUUGGAAAAACUGACUAGCGAAGAUAAACCCACUGAAAGCUCAAAUGGGCAUGUGAGGGCCACAAGCUCCUCAACACAAGACUCAUGGCUGGACCCUUCAAAUCCAGGGAGCAGACCAAGCUCUUCUGGGGGGGAUGGGUUUGUUAUUGGAAGGGAUGUUGAGUACCUAGAGCUAGCCGGCAAAACCGAUGGGUAUAUGCCUGGUGAUCUUGUGCUACUCGUGGCUCGUGCGCGCAAUGAGGCCCUCAUUCGCUCUGUCUCAGAUCUCACAGCAACAUCAAAGAUGAUCACUCUCGGGCUACAGGACUUUGAAAGUGCCUUGAAGGACUUUACUCCGGCAUCUCUUCGCAACGUUACUCUUACCUCGUCAACAACCACAUUUUCCUCUGUUGGUGGUUUGUUCGAAACUCGCAAGAUGCUUUUGGAAACUUUGCAGUAUCCUACAAAGUAUGCCCCAAUCUUCGCACAGUGCCCAUUGCGACUGCGGUCUGGUUUACUUCUCUAUGGAUUCCCUGGAUGCGGUAAGACAAUGUUAGCCAGCGCAGUGGCUGGCGAGUGUGGUUUGAACUUCAUCAGUGUAAAGGGUCCCGAGAUCUUGAACAAAUACAUUGGAGCUAGUGAAAAGAGUGUUCGCGAUUUGUUCGAGAGAGCCCAGGCCGCUCGCCCUUGCGUCCUCUUCUUCGAUGAGUUUGACAGUAUCGCACCCAAGCGUGGCCAUGACUCCACCGGUGUCACGGACCGUGUCGUGAACCAGCUGUUGACACAGAUGGACGGCGCAGAAGGCCUCUCGGGCGUUUAUGUGCUGGCAGCAACGUCACGCCCCGACUUAAUCGAUCCUGCCCUCCUUCGUCCUGGCCGUCUCGACAAGUCCUUGCUUUGUGACAUGCCCAACCAUGCAGACCGUAUUGAUAUCAUCCGCUCAGUGGCCGAAAAGCUUAAGAUGAGUGACGAGGUCACGUCUCGCCUAGGUGAUAUUGCCACUCAGACCGAAGGAUUCUCUGGCGCAGAUCUGCAGGCUGUCGUGUACAACGCCCAUCUCGAGGCAGUCCACGACGCGCUGGGUGACCGUUCUACCGAUACAGCCAAGCCCAAUGCCAAGUCCAAGUCCGCCAAUGCUUCUAGCAAAUCCUUCAUCCAGUUCCUCUACUCCUCUUCGGAGGAAGCAUCCGGGUCUGUCUCCAUGCCUCCACCGGCAGUGGUCUCAGCCAAACUGGAGGCAAUCAAGAACUCGCGUCGACGCCAGCGCCAGGUUGAGCAGGGACCUUCUGGCGCGAACCAUGCCACGGCCCCGGUGGCUAAUGGCACUCAGCCUGAUACAGACGAGCUACGUGAGGAUAUCAUCGUCCGUUGGGAGCAUGUUGAGCGCUCGUUGGCUACCACGCGUGGUUCUCUUCCCCCCGCAGAGCGUAGACGUCUCCAGGGAAUUUACCGUGAGUUUAUCGCCGGCCGAAAUGGCGAGAUGCCUAAUGGUGAGGCUGCCAAUGAGAUUGGAGGCCGAACAAGUCUGAUGUGA